GUGUUGGAAAAGGCAAACCAACUGAUAGUUGUAAAACUUUGGAAAUUAAGUAUAAAGUGGAAAAAAAAGAUGAAUCAUUUAAGGCCUAUUUUAGUGUACUAAAAUGUAAUAAAAGCCCAGUAAAACAAAAGAAUAGUGCUAUUAAAGAGAUAUAUAAAAAUAACUAG